AUGGUGAAUUUUAGCCUUCCAGGAGUUUCCUACGCUAAUAGGUUCUUCAAAGAUAAAAGCUACUACCGAUGCAUUAUGUUAGGACAGGGCAACACGGGGAAGACCACCCUUUUAUACCGGCUCAAGCUGAAGGAACAAAUAGCUACGAUUCCCACAAUGCGCCAGAGUUUCAAUGUCGAGACGGUCCAUGUGCUUUCUGAGGACAUCGAUAUCACUUUCUGGGAUAAAGGGGGCGGAUGUGACCGAACUCCACAAUGGCUCUUCCAGCAAUACCAAGGUCCAGACGUCCUGUUUUUGUUUGCCAUGGAUCCUACAGAGAUCUUCGAUCAACAUGGCACUCACAUAGCUCAAUAUGCCAUUGAAGAUCUAAAACAUAUCCUGGAAAGAAUCACUGAAGCCAAAUACCUAGCUGUGAUCUUUAACAAACGCAACCAGAUGCUCCGUGGUGAUCCUCGAGUCGAAAGACAAAUCUCAAGCGUGAAGGAGGUUCUGGACGAGUACAGACCGAAAUUGUCAUAUCCAUGCGAACUAUACGAUGAUUUAGACCAACUUAGUGGAGCUACAGAUGCUCAGACGGACCUUCUCGUAAAGAGACUCACCCUUGCAGCUCAAAUGGAGAAAAACUAUGUCCGAGGUGUUUCGAUGAAGGCUAUGGUGUCGCCACAUCAUUCCAGUCUACGUGUCCCAAAACCUUUGACAGAUGAUUUCCUGGGGAGAAAGGAGACAGGAUCCAACGAAGCGAGUGACCAGCUAGAUUCAGAUGAAUUUAUGCGACGGAUGGUUUCUGGGGAACUUGAGAAAUGGGAUCAUCAGUACCAUUUGCGUGCUGGGUUCCUAACACUCAAAAAGUGUCUUCUCAAGGAAAGCGUGAUAUUCGAUGCUGCUGAUAUGUUUCUUGAGCGGCUAGAUAUGAUGUUGAAGGCUGCGCUGCAUAAGUUUCGAGAUACUUCGCCCCAUAGGUCCGACGUUGACAAUAUUUUGGCUUCACCGAUCUAUCACAACAUGCUCUCCUUCUACGAAAGGACCGGUUUAUUUCCCGACUGCAAAGGAUUCAAUGACGUUAUUUUAGAGAAUCCUGAUCUCACAGAUAGCUCUUCCUGGGGUUUGUAUUAUUCCAAGGACGUUUUGUCCAGUCCUGAGGCAAAAAAUGGCUGGAAACUCCCCAACAUAAAACCACUUCCUCAUCAUAUAAGCUGUCGAGCAGAGAGCCAACAACGAAUGCUCCAAACCCAAGAGACAAACAAGCCCGAGGAUCUCUACACACAACUAUGCACAAUUAAGAAAUCCUCAGAAAUCUAUAAACGCUUUGCCUUCGCAACUCUCUAG